AUGCAUUUUUCCAUCGCAUCUACCGUUUCCGCUUUGGUGUUCCUUAUAUCGGGGGUCCAAGCUGCCCACAAACUUACGUUGAAGAAUAAUUGUUCAUGGGGAGUCGGUGUGAGGGUCGAUAACUGGAGCGGCAGUCCAUACACUGGAGCGGCACGCGUUGAUAUUGGGGCAGGGACCUCCAAGAGCGUCUCUGUUCCUGACGGCUGGAUCGGUCGCGUUUGUGAUGUCGCUGGGGAUGGUUCGUGUGCCAAUAACUGUUAUGGAAAAUGUUCUAUGUCUGAGUUCAAUAUGAACGCGGGAGGCCUCAAUUACUACGACAUCUCAAAUAUUCUAGCGUUCAGUGUGGCCCAGAAAAUCACCAGCACCUGUGGCUCAGUCACCUGUGGAUCGGCGAGCUGCCCUUGCAACCAGGCUUACCGUCCAGGCGAUACCUCUGGUACUUGCGGGGGAACUGGCCCAGUUGACCAAGCCGUGCGGGCCUGUGCCGGAAAUGAUUUCACCAUCACUUACUGCCCAUAA